AAUGAAUCCGAUUUCUCACCAGCCGAACCCUUUUGACUACCCAUUUCCUCAAAGAUCACAGCUUAUGGGCUUAUCGACCAUCAACGAAGGCCAAGACUUUUUGAAUAAAAAUGUUAGGAAGUUCGAGUCUAACCGUCACUGGAACCAAAGCUUAAGUGUUGAAGGAAUUGAUGGAGCAAAGACUAAAGUCCCAGGCUAUCAAUAUAAUAACAAGGUCACAUAUGCAAACCAAAAUUGGGAUGUUGACAGAUCUGGACCUCUUGCUCUUCAUAUUGGGUUGAAUAAACCUGAGUAUAACUUGACUAAUAAUGAUAUUGAUAAAAGCAAACCUAAAUUUCAAAAGUUUCAUACUAACAGAACAGUAAAUCCUUUGAACCCUAGUUACAGCCUUCCAAAAUUUGAAGCUGUUGAAGUAGAGCCUCCUAAAUUCAUCAGGGAUAAUAUCAGCAAUGAUGAUAUCGAAGGGUCUAAGCCUAAGAAGACCAAGUACUUUGAAACAAGGGAUAACCUUAAAGUGGAUGAUAUAAAGGGAACUAAACCAAAACCAUAUCCAACGAGAAGGACAAAGUACUCAAGUCUGGAUUAUAGAGAUGUAACUCAUGAUCAAUUCAAGACUCAAAGAUGUACCAAUCCUUUAAACCCUUCUUAUUCUCACAGGGCUGUUGAUGGAAAAGUCGAAGAAAUCGGACAAAUUGAAGGUAGUUGACCAAAGAAGCCGUUUAUUAGGAAGAAAGGACCUAAUGCUCUCUGCCUCAAUGUUGAAGAUAUUGAAGGCACUAGACCAGGGACAAAGGGCUUAAAAGCUUUUAGGAUACAUAAAAGAAGAGAAGUUAGAGAGGUCAAUCACACUAAUGACAUUCCUGGAGCACAAGUUGGAACUCUCAGAAAAGCUCCUAGCACAAACAGAGUUGUUAACCCUCUCAAUCCAGAUUAUCCUCUGAUAGGAGUACAAGAGCUAGAAGGAAAAUUUAAUGGCUAUGGAGAAAACAUUCAAUUUAAUUCAAACAAGCCUUCUACUGCUCCUCUCAAUACGAAUAGAGACCAUUUGAAAAAGCCAAAGGUUGAAAAGCCCAUUAAUUUUGAUAAGGAGAACUUUAAGAGAGAUCUUGGAAAAUUUCAUUCUGCCACUCCUGGAUUUCUGCAAGAAGUUGACUUCAAAACUAUUCAAAAGGGCUGUAAACAGAAACUACCCCCAAGACAUAGAACUAUUCAACCUGAGGAUGAUCAAAAAUAAAGCAUAUGGAAGAAACUCAAAGAAAUUUUAUGGCAUUCCUCUAUCAGAAAGGAGUGAAAUGAGUAAUGCAAAGCAUGUCUUUUACGGUACUAACGAGAUUAAUAAGCCACGUCCUGGGACAGUUCAGUCUUCUGCUAGGAAGGAGAUGACUACACAACAGAUGAUUAAUGAAUACCAGAAGAACUCACACUCUCAGAAUAGAAGCACUACUCCUGAUCUGAUGAAUAUUGAAAAUACUCAGCAUUUUAAAAGAGAUGCUGCUAACUUCCACGGGGAGAGCUACAAGUCUAGUGAGAAAGGAAGUAUUUUCCAAGAUAAUUUUGCAGAAUUUUACGGACUUGAUAAACCUCCUCAUGGUGCUAAAAUUGGAGAUAUCAAUGAAAGAAAUUUUAGUGUAAAACAACCGAAGAAAACCUCUGCUUUAAACCAAAAGAGAUUGCAAAAACAUGAAAUGAAUAUGCAAAGGCACCCAAUGUUUGGCAAACAUCUGAAGAGAUUCUAUGGAUUAAAAUCUACAGGAUCAGCAUCUUCAAGACAGUUUCAUAGCUCAGUAGCAAGCUCAUCUAAGAGCAGUAGAGCCAAGGGAACAUAUGCUGAGAAAUUGACAAGUCUGAUAGGGUAGAACCC